AAGGCCUGCCCCUCAUCCUAGGCAGAGCAGCCCAGCCCUUUCCCCACACCCUGAGAGCUAGUGGGGCCCGCUGUCCCCUGGAGCCUCCAGCUGCCCUCCGCAAAGCAGGCUUGUACCUGACCCACCAUGACGGCCACAGACUUCACAGGCCUUACUCCUAAUAUGUCUGAUGACUACAAUUAUGACUCUGCCUCUUCCUCCGAUGACUACAUGAACUUCAACUUCACUGACUUCUUCUGUAAGAAAAGCAACGUCAGGCAGUUUGCAAGCCAUUUCCUCCCACCCCUGUACUGGCUUGUGUUCACCGUGGGUGCCGUGGGCAACAGUCUGGUCAUCCUCGUCUACUGGUACUGCACAAGAGUGAAGACCAUGACCGACACCUUCCUUCUGAAUCUGGCGAUCGCUGACCUUCUCUUUCUUGUCACUCUUCCCUUCUGGGCCAUUGCCGCUGCAGACCAGUGGAGAUUCCAGACCUUCAUGUGCAAAGUGGUCAACAGCAUGUACAAGAUGAACUUCUACAGCUGUGUGUUGCUGAUCAUGUGCAUCAGCGUGGACAGGUACAUAGCCAUCGCCCAGGCCAUGCGGGCGCAGACCUGGAGGCAGAAAAGGCUUCUGUACAGCAAAAUGGUUUGCGGUGCCAUCUGGGUGAUAGCAGCUGCGCUCUGUAUCCCAGAAAUCCUGUACAGCCAAACCAGGAAGGAAUCUGGCAUCACUGUCUGCACCAUGGUUUACCCUAGGGACGAGAGUACCAAACUGAAGUCAGCCGUCCUGACCCUGAAGGUCAUCCUGGGCUUCUUCCUUCCCUUUGUGGUCAUGGCUUGCUGCUACACCAUCAUCAUCCACACCCUGAUACAAGCCAAGAGGUCAUCCAAGCACAAGGCCCUCAAAGUGACCAUCACUGUCCUUACUGUCUUUGUCUUGUCUCAGUUCCCCUACAACUGCGUUUUGUUGGUGCAGACCAUAGACGCCUAUGCCUUGUUCAUCUCCAACUGUGCCAUUUCCACCAACAUUGACAUCUGCCUCCAGGUCACUCAGACCAUCGCCUUCUUCCACAGUUGCCUGAACCCUGUUCUCUAUGUUUUUGUGGGUGAGAGAUUCCGCCGGGAUCUUGUGAAAACCUUGAAGAACUUGGGUUGUAUUAGCCAGGCCCAGUGGGUUUCAUUUACGAGGAGAGAGGGAAGCUUGAAGCUGUCUUCCAUGCUGCUGGAGACAACCUCAGGAGCGCUGUCCCUCUGAGGGACCUUCUCCCAGGUGGGUGGUCCCUUUGGAAG